AUGUCAAACGAGCGUACUCCCCUGUUGUGGAAUUAUCCAAGUUCAAGCAGCAAUUCCAAUGCCAUCGCUAAGGCUAACGAGAACAACUCCAUUGGUGACUUACACUCGCAAUUUUGUAUGCUUGUCGGUGUCCCAAGUACAAGCAUAGAUGCGCCCAAGCGAGUCAAAUCACCGCCACCAAAGUCUCUGUACGGGCGUGCGAGUCGGCAACUCGCCUCUCAACGCAUGACCUAUUAUGCGACAGCGUCACUCUCAAACACCUUGCUUCUAACCCAGGUAGUGCUUGGUGCCGCACUGACCGGACUCGGCGCAUCUGAAAGCUCGCACAUUCUGAUCACCGUGUUUGGAGCGCUGAACACGAUUAUUGCCGGGGUGGUGGCAUACUUGAAGUCCCGAGGACAGCCAAUGCGUUCUAGAAUGUACAGAGACGACCUGGAAAGGGUGGUUGACGAGAUUGAGAAUUCCGAAAUUAUGUGGCUCGGGAUCAGCCGUGGCGUUCACGGCUAUGAUGAGAUUGACACUGAUGAAAAUCGUGUCACCAUAAGAUCCGAGAUCGCAAGGCUUACUAGGCUAUAUGAUCGAGCUGUCAGGAAUAACUCAUUGAACAAUCCGGACAUGUAUAUGGCAGGAGCAGGAUUUGACGGAUCUAACACGGCAAUGCGUUCUCGACCACAACAGCAGCCUGCCCCUGUUCCCAUCGUCGCUGGGCCUGCCGCUCCAACUGUUACAGCACCUCCGGUUGAUACACCGAGCGUUCCACCGGCAGUUGGCGCGGUGCCUGUGUCCACAGCCCCUGACCCGGACGAAAGCCCUGCAAGCGCACCACCAAAGCCGAAGAAGGAAGAGGACUCGAAGAAGGAAGAAGUGUCUUCCAAGAAGGACGAGAGCAAAGACGACAACGCUAGCACCGGAGAAUCUGCUGCUGAUGGUGGUGGGAACGAAGCCGCGAAAGAUAAGGACAAGAAACCUGAGCCAGGGACCGCCACUGACGCAGACUCAUCGACUACACCUGCCCCCAAUACCGAUGCAACCAGCAGCAAAGACGCUCCAGCGCCAACUAAACCAGCAGCACCAGCCUUCGAUCCCGAUGCUUCGCCUGCAUCGUCUCCCGAUGUGCCGAAGAGGAAGAAAGAUAGCACCAGUCCAACUCCAUGA